AUUUGCUGCAGUCGCAGGGUGAUGACGUGAACCUCCUGGAUCAUGGAGAGAAAACACAUGUCUGCUUUUGCUUUGUAUCAAACGUUGCCAACAGACGAAUCUCCACCUUUGAAGAAGACCCCCCCUCAGGUGGUCACCAAGAAGAGAAAGAGAAAGGAAAAUGGAGUCGCAGUUAAUAAGGCCAACGCACUUAAAGCUCAACUGAAGUCUGAAAGGAAAAAGAAGAUUAGAAAGAAGCUGCAGAAGUCUGCACCGAGAGGGGAGAGACCGAAGGGAAGCGCAGAGAAGCAGCAGCAACAGCAGCAGGAGGAGGAAGAGGAGGCGGAAGAGGAGGAGUGUGUGAAUGGUGAUGGCGAGGCUGGCAGUGAGAUGGUUGAUACUCUGCUGGCCGAGCUGGCGAGAGUCAACAACAGCAGGGAGAGAGCGAGCCAACUGUUCAGGUGGCUCAUUCACCCUGUUCCUGUCAAAGCUUUCUUCAGGGACACAUGGGAAAAGAAGCCCAUUCUGGUUCAACGAAAGAAUCCACAUUACUACAAGGGGCUGUUCUCCACAGCAGAGUUCGAUCGUAUAUUAAGAGAGGAGGUUGUUCAGUACGGCGUGAACCUGGACGUCACGAGCUACACCAACGGCAAGAGGGAGACGCACAAUCCUCCAGGGCGAGCUCUGCCGUUCACUGUGUGGAACUUCUAUGAGAGUGGCUGCUCCCUCCGAUUGCUGAAUCCUCAGUCUUUCUCCUCCACCGUGUGGAACGUGCUGUCCAUCCUUCAGGAGCAGUUCGGCAGCAUGGCAGGAGCCAACGUAUACCUGACACCACCUGGAACACAAGGCUUUGCUCCACAUUAUGACGACAUUGAGGCGUUUGUGGUUCAGCUGGAAGGGAAGAAACAUUGGAGAGUGUACAAGCCAAGGACAGACGACGAGGUGCUGCCUGUGCUUUCAAGCAAGAACUUCGAUCAGAGAAACAUCGGGCGGCCGAUCCUGGAGGUUGUGCUGGAAGCCGGAGAUCUCCUCUACUUUCCCAGGGGAUUCAUCCACCAGGGCGACUGCCUGCCGGACGCUCACUCCCUGCACAUCACCAUCUCCUCUUACCAGAAGAACAGCUGGGGCGAUCUGCUGCAGAAGGUUGUUCCAGCUGCACUGGAAAUAGCGAUGGAGGAGGAUGUGGACUUCAGACAGGGUUUACCUCUGGACUACCUUUCGUACAUGGGAGUACAGAAUUCUGACAAGGAAGACCCACGCAGGAUAAAAUUCUUCUCCCGGAUCGAGAAUCUGAUAAAGAGGCUUAAAAAUUUCGCCCCGGUCGACGCCGCCGUGGAUCAGAAAGCCAGAGACUUCCUCCAUGACUGCCUCCCUCCCAUGCUGACUCCAGAGGAACUGGUCACCAGUGUUCAAGGGGCCUCUGUUAAGUGGGAAUGUGGGCAAGUUGUGAAUGUGGGUGGACGCAUCAAUAUGCAGACCCGAGUCCGAGUCCUCCGCGCCGAAUGUGCCAGGUUAUGCAGUGAUGGAGAAGCCGUUCAUCUUUACUACACCACAGACAACUCCAGAGUUUACCACAAAGAGGAGCCCAAGAGUUUUGAAAUCCAAACGGAGCACACGGACGCCGUUGAGUUUCUAAUCCAUUCUUAUCCUGAGUUUGUGGAAGUAGGAAGCUUCCCAUGCGAUGCUGCAGAGGACAAGGUUGCCUUGGCCGAGCUGCUAUUUGAGAAGGGGAUCAUCCACACUGAAGAACCUCUGUAAUGGCCUAAGAUUCUUUAAUCAUGCCGACUAUGAGUCGAUUAAAACUGCCUUUGUACAAAAUACAGUCUUUGAUUCAAACCA